AUGCUCAAUCAGGAUUGGGCGCCAAGAUCAUCCUUGGACGCGGCUGUGAACAAUAUGGCCUGUCUCACUCGCCAUGCGUCUAUGAGUCUUCAAUUCCCUCUCCCGGUGGCUUCAGUGGUGAAGCAACUGUACAUCGCUGGUGCUGCGCAAGGCUACGGGAGCGAGGACGACGCUGCUCUUCUCAAGCUUCUCCUGCAAAGAGGUCAUGCCAUCUCAAACACUGAGCAAACGGUACACGAGGGAGCCGAGCCGACGCCUGUCACAGCGCCGAUGGAGAUCGUCAGGGGUGGAGUCGUCGGUCUCGGCGCCAUGGGCCAGGGCAUGGCCGCUUCGCUCGCAAGGGGACGGUUCGACGUGUGGAAGCCAUUCGUCGACAAAUUUGUGUCCGCAAAUGCAAAGGCAACCGCAGCCGAAUCACUAGCCAUGGCUGCAAAAGAUGCCGACAUGCUACUACUAAUGGUCCUGAACGCUGCGCAGGCAGAGGAUGUUCUCUUCGGCUCUGACAAGGCCGCCUAUGCUCUAACCGACGGCGCCGUUGUAAUUCUUGCCUCGACUGUGCCACCUUCGUUCGCGUGCAAGUUGAAAGGGAUGCUGGGCGACUUGGGCCGCAAUAUCGGAAUGCUCGACUGUCCUGUGAGCGGUGGCGUGGUACGCGCCGCGAACGGUACGCUUAUGAUCAUUUGCUCUGCAGACGAGCCAACGGUGGACAAGGCGCACAGCGCCAUCCUGUCUACGACCGGCACACCGACCAAUCUCUGUGGUGUAGGCGCAGCAUCAUCUGUCAAGAUGAUUAACCAGCUACUCGCCGGCGUCCAUAUUGCUGCCGCAGCUGGCGCCAUGGCACUUGCUGCCCCUUGGAGCUGGAUGCUCGAAAAUAGGGGACCGCAAAUGCUCGAGGCGGACUGGAUGCCACACUCGGCGCUGACUAUCUCUGUCAGUGAUCUGGGUAUCGUGCUGGACGAGGCCAAGAAACUGGAAUAUUUUGCGCCCAUCUCGUCAGCCUCACACAACCUGUACCUGGCGGGUGCGUGCAAGGGCUGGGCGAAAGAUUCGGACGCGGGCGUCACCGAAACGGAGACAACUCUCAUCAAGCCUCUUCCCGCCAAGGACACGCUCGCCGCGCUGCCCAAAGACUACUCAACAGACGUCCUCGACGCCAACCGUCGGUACGUUAACAGUGGGAGCGCGCCUGUGCUUGUGGUGCUGGAUGACGACCCCAAGAAUACACAGACCUGCCACGGUAUUAACGCGCUGAUCGUCUGGGAUAUUGAGACGACCGGGGCGCAGUUCGAGCGCGAUUCGAGGGCUUUUUUUUUCAUCUUGACCAACAUUAGAGCCCUUCCACCGACAGAAGUCAAGGCUUUGAUUUUGGAAAUUUGCCAGAACAUCAAAGAGGCGGCGAAGCAAACCGGAAAAACAUUCGAAAUCGUGUUGCGCGGCGACUCCACGCUCCGUUGCCAACUUCCUGAAGAACCAAUGGCAGCAGAAGAGGCUCUUGGAAAGUUUGAUGACUGGAUUAUUGCACCCUUCUUCAUGCAGGGAGGCCGCUAUACGAUAAACGACGUGUAUUACGUUCAAGAAGGCGAGAUUCUGGUACCAGCCGGCCAAACCCUCUUUGCACAGGACGCCACGUUUGGGUACAAGAACUCCAACCUACGUGAGUAUGUCCUCGAGAAGUGCAGUUCGCGGUUCAACUGCUCGUCUUUCGCGUUGGUGACGCUCGAUGACAUCCGCACUGGAGGCCCCGACGGUGUCAAGGCCAAGUUGCUUUCACGACCAAUUGGUCAAGGCACCACCGCUGUUGUCAUUGUCAACGCAGUAGUCGAGUCGGACAUUCGCGUCUUUGCGGCGGGACUACUGGAAGCGCAAGAGGCUGUGUAA